UCAUCAGCAUUAAGAGACAGACCAUACAGAGCGCAGUGUCGCUGGUUCGGGCCAGCAGCAGCUCCUGGGACAAGAGAGAGGUGACAGCCAGAGAUGGAGAAUACCUGCUGGGGAUAAAAAGGCUGAGAAGGCUUUACUGUAAUGUGGGCAUUGGCUUCCACAUUCAAGUCUUACCCAAUGGAAAGAUCACAGGUGUGCAUAAUGAGAACAGAAACACCCUUCUAGAGAUUUCCCCUGUGGAGAGAGGAGUGGUGACUCUGUUUGGGAUGAGGAGCGGCCUCUUCAUCGCCAUGAGCAACAAGGGGAAACUCUACGGCUCGGGCCACUACAACGAUGAGUGCAAGUUCAGAGAGAAGCUACUGGCCAACAACUAUAAUGCCUACGAAUCAGCUGCCUACCCUGGCAUGUACAUUGGCCUCAGCAAGACCGGCAAAACCAAGAGAGGAAACCGGGUCACACCCAUGACCAUGACACACUUCCUGCCCAGGAUAUGA